AUGUCGGCCGACAACUUGAUGUGCUUCGGAUCUAAUCCGAAGCUGCCACUACUAAUCAAACAAGGAGCUUCACGACAGUGGAUGUCCAACCUGAGCAACAAAAAGUUAAACUAUAAGCUCACAUUUGAAAAUCCGAAUUCAUGCUUCUCCAUAAACUCUAGCCAGACCGAAGGCGAGAUUCCAGAACAGGGGCAACUUCUGAUCGAUUUCAACAGAAGGCCAGGAAAAGGUCAAGAAGACAAGCUGAUCAUCGAGUACAAAGAUGGCAACCUCGCUGGGAGAACGGUUGUGGCAGCUGUCGAACGUGCCCUCGACGAGAAAGCGCUAGCAAGUUACAAGAUGAUGUUCAUCCUUUUUCAUCAAUGGCCAAAUAAGUCACCAGCUCACCACGAUUCAGCAGGAGAUUCUCUAUUGUAA